AUGGGUGGAUUUGCAGAGAAAAUGGGUUUGAGAGAUGAAGAAGAAAAUGAAAAUGGGCAUAUCCUUGCACACCUCCUGGCUGCAACCUCCAUUGGAGUCAUCUCUGCCACUGCGUUUCACUACUACCAUCGACAAAAGCCCCCAAAACAGUUAGAAGAUCAAACCGUAGUUCCAUUGUUAGAGAGGAAUGAGUCUGGCCGUGUUGCCAGACUUGAGAGAUUCUCCAAUUAUGUUGCUAGGCAGAUAGGAUUUGAAGAUGGAAGUGAAUGUCCCCAACUUUGCAAAUUAGCAUAUGAGUACCUCAAAAAAUCCAAAGAGUGUGAGAGUACUAUCUAUGAGUAUUUUGCUGAUGAGCCACAUGUUGAUGAGCUGUAUGUGAAGUUGGUUGAGGAGUUUGAUAGGUGCAUCCUUGCCUACUUUGCAUUUCAUUGGAGCCAAGCUUCUCUCAUGAUCACUCAGGUGUUGAGUAUUGAUUCUGAAAGAAAAAGUUGAAGGACCUUGUGCUGGCAGCUACAAG